CCCCACUUCCGCGGCAGCCCGGGCGCUCCCGUCGUCCUCGCAGGGCAGGUGCCCUCCCGGCCUCCCCACCUGUCCCGCGGGCGCGCUGGGCUUCCCCAAGCGACGCCCUAGCGGUGGGAAUGGGAACACUCCGCACGGGAGCUUCCUUUCUGUUCGGCCGGCCCCGCCGGACCCCAAAGACCAGAAGCCCUGGGGGGGAGGAAAUGCCAGCUCGCUCCUCGGCGCCCCCCCCCCCACCCGCCCCGUUUCUCGCUCCGGCUCGCUGCCUCCCUCGCUCCGAUGCCGCCGAGCCUCGUCGCCACUUGUGGGUGGCCGUCUGGCGGAGGUGGCAGCGAGCUCCCGGGCUCCGGACAGGGACAUGGGGCAGGCCGCGACGCGCCGCCUCGGAGCUGGAGCCCGCGCAGCGGCCCGCCUGGCGAUGGACGGCCGAGCCCCGCGCGCGCAGGACGCCCCGGCGGCGCCCCCGCCGGCCGCCGGCCCCGCAGGCUGGAGAAAUGCAGGCAGAGAAAGGUGAGAUCUUGCCAAAGCUGCAGAUUUGGAAGGUGAUGGAAGCAGCACGUGGACCCACUCACAUUCCCUUAACCGCUGGGCUGCCGUUGCUUCUACGGAAAAAAACAAAAGCGAAGGCACCACUUCCUCCAGCUGAGACCAAAUACCUUGAUGCCUCUUCAGUUGAUGAUUCUAUAGAAUCCUCUGCUUUUAUCAUGGAACAGAAAGAAAACAUGGUAGAUAAAGACGUUGAACUCUCAGUGGUUCUCCCUGGGGAUGUUAUCAAAUCUACUACCGUUCAUGGCAGUAAACCUAUGAUGGACCUGUUGAUAUUCCUCUGUGCACAAUAUCACUUAAAUCCAUCAAGUUACACAAUUGAUCUGCUGUCAGCUGAAAAGAACCCCAUUAAAUUUAAACCAAACACACCAAUAGGAAUGUUGGAGGUGGAGAAAGUAAUUUUAAAGCCAAAAAUUUUGGAUAAGAAAAAACCUAUACCUAUAAUACCGGAGAAAACUGUGAGAGUAGUGAUCAACUUUAAAAAAACGCAGAAGACGAUAGUGAGAGUUAGCCCACAUGCACCACUUCAAGAACUUGCCCCCAUUAUAUGCAGCAAAUGUGAGUUCGAUCCGUUACAUACACUGUUGUUGAAGGAUUAUCAAUCUCAGGAGCCCCUCGAUAUGACGAAAUCUCUUAAUGACCUGGGACUAAGAGAAUUGUAUGCCAUGGAUGUCAACAGAGAGUCCUGCCAAAUAUCACAAAACCUCGACAUUAUGAAGGAGAAAGAAAAUAAAGGGUUUUUCAGCUUUUUUCAACGCAGUAAGAAAAAGCGGGAGCAAACUGCAAGUGCCCCUGCAACCCCUCUAGUAAGUAAGCAUCGCCCAACUUUUAUGAGGUCCAAUACCAUUUCCAAAACUUAUGUUUCAAACACCCUGCCGUCGGAUGCACCCAAGAAGAGGCGCGCUCCAUUGCCACCCAUGCCAGGGUCACAGAGUGUCCCCCAGGACCUUGCUCACAUCCAGGAAAGGCCAGCUUCUUGUGUAGUGAAGUCGAUGAGUGUGGAUGAAACACAUAAGGGUCCCUGUGGAGCAGGCAUAGUGAGGACAGGCUCGCUGCAGCUCAGUAGCACAUCCGUUGGGAAUUCAUCUUUGAAAAGGACCAAGCGAAAAGCACCUUCCCCACCCUCUAAGAUGUCCCUGCAUCAAAGUGAUGAAAAUAGUCCUGUGACUGCCCUGGAGUCAGUCCAUGCAGUUCCUACUGACAGUGUUUCUGAAGCAAACUCUCCUGAGGGUCUGUCCAGCCCAGAUUUUGCUUCCUUGGCAGAAGCCUCCCUUGGCCUCGCGCUCCCCAGUCACAAGCAGUGCUCUGUGCCCACACUGACGGAGGAAACCUCUCUCUCGGAGUGCCCUGGAACGCCCGAGGCAGCCGUGGCCUCUCUGACAUCUGGCAUAAGCUCUGAUUAUAGCCUCGAAGAGAUAGAUGAAAAGGAAGAACUGAGGGAAGUGCCUAAAGAUGAGGCUGAAAAUAUUUCUCUGAAGUCACAAGAUAUUCCGUGCGGGUCUACUGAUAGAACAAAUACACUGAAAAAUGAUGCCAACGCAGCCCUGGGCUAUGGCACUGGCAGGUCCUCACCAAACUCCGCAGAAGAAAAACAAGAAGCUGGAAACACAGAUGGACAGGGACCACACGCUAUGGUAUAUAAUGCAAGCAAUGAAGAGAAGGUAGUUGACAGUGUAAGAAACUUGAAGUCAUUGGGCCCAAACCAAGAGAAUGUAGAUGAAAAUGAAAUAGUUGUCAUUCCAAUGAACACAGAAGAUAAUAUGAAAAAUGGAGUGUGGAGAAAAGAAAUCAAUGCAGGAGGUGUUGCCAAAAAUAACAAUGUGGACAUGGAAGUUGACAGACUAUCAAACUACGAGGCACAUAAAACUGAUGGUGCUAGAAGUUACAAGGAAAAUCAUCCAGCUGCUUCAUUAGUACCAGAUCAAAAACUGAAUCAACCCAGUGCAGAAAAGACAAAAAUGCAAGAUGCAGCAAUUCAGACAACGCCUUCCUGUACCAGUUUUGAUGGGAAUCACCAAGAUCAUAAUUUGUCUGACUUCAAAGUUGAUGAAAGCGUGCAAACUUCAAGUAACAACAAAUCAACUCAACACUCACCUUUAAGUCCACAAGAUUCUAUAGAUCUCUCAAGAGAAUUCAGGAGUCAGGGCCCUCUAACUGUACAUUCAGAAGAUCAACUCACCAUCAAAGAUCCAAUUUGUGCACAAAGUAAUGAUGGUCUUUUGUCUCCUGUCGAUGGGAUUGAUAAAAAUUCAACUGCAUCUUAUAUAAAGAAUUAUCCACAUUACAGACAAGACUACAAUCCCAAGCCAAAACCUUCAAAUGAAAUUACAAGAGAGUACAUACCCAAAAUUGGGAUGACUACUUAUAAAAUAGUGCCUCCCAAAUCCCUGGAAAUAUUGAAAGAUUGGGAAUCAGAAACCAUAGGGUAUAAGGAUGAUCAGGACAGACAUACUUUAGGAAAAAAGCACCCUCAUGAGAAUGUGAGAGAAACGGCAAUGCAAACAGAAGAUCUUAUUUCUGAAAGCUCAAAGGAGCCACAGGCAGCCCUUAGACAGAAGCCUGCCCCAAGAACAGAGCAUCAGGUGCACAGUAUGGAGAGCUCACCCCACAGCACCACGGCGAACCCUCUGAAACUUACUCCCAGAAUGACAAGAGACACUGGCACAGCUCCUUUUGCACCGAAUUUGGAAGAUAUAAACAACAUUUUGGAGUCAAAACUUAAAUCUCGGGUUUCAAAUCCCCAGACCAAACCAAGUUCUUUUUUCUUGCAGAUGCAAAAAAGAGUUUCCGGUCACUAUGUGACAUCUGCAGCUGCCAAGAGUAUCCAUGCUGCCCCUAAUCCUACUCCAAAGGAACAAAUAAAGAAAGAGGUGGAAAGAGAUAUGAUACCUCCUCCAGAGCAAACUCUUUCUCCCUUAAGUAAAACAGCUCACUCUCCACAGCCCCACACUAAAAACACUGAUGAUGACAUCCUCAGUAAGAAGCCCCCUGAAACCUCUCCUCCUCCCGUAGCUCCGAAACCUACUCCUCUUCCCACGAGUCAAUUAGCUGCACUAAAUCUGAAGACUUUGAAAACUUUUGGUGCCCCACGACCUUACUCCAGCUCUGCUCCUUCACCGUUUGCCCUCGCUGUAGUGAAACGGUCACAGUCUUUCAGCAAAUCACGCACAGAGUCGUGCAGUGAGGGUGCAUUGGACCAACCUCCAGCUGACACAGAGGAAGGGAAGACUCCUUCUGUAGAUAAAUUUGUGGACAUCCCACAACUAGGUGUGAGUGAUAAGGAAAAUAACUCUGCACAUAAUGAACAGAAUUCCCAAAUACCAUCUCUGACUGACUGCCCAUCAUUCACCCUUAAGAGACAAAGUUCUUUACCAUUCCAAAGCUCUGACCCAGAACAGGUCCGGCAGAGUUUGCUGACGGCAAUCCGUUCUGGAGAGGCUGCUGCCAAAUUGAAAAGGGUGACUGUUCCAUCAAAUACAAUAUCUGUGAACGGGAGGUCAGGACUCAGCCGUUCCAUGUCCUCUGAUGCCCAGGACGCCCAUUAAAUGUUGCCCUGCCCUUCUCCACCUCCACUUCACAGAACAGCUUCAUACUGAUGGAGAAUGUCGGCAAAUGUAUAUUCAGAUGUACACUAAUAUAUUAUCUAUUAAAGUGUAAGAAUUUGUGCUGUGGCUUUUAAUGCCAAAAGAAAGAAUUACAAGAGUUUAUAAUUUAUAAUAAUAUUUUUGGCCUUUUUUGCCUUAAGAGCUGAUUAUGCUGCUUUAGAUCUUUAAGACAAGGUGUUAAUGACUUUCAUUUUUUUCAAAUGAGAAAUAGUCACCUUUUGUUGAUUCCACUUACUUAUUGACACAUUCUCUACAAUGGUGACUUAGACAAAAGGAUAAAUUAAGAUUCAUAGACGUAUAUUUGUAUGUCAUAUAAAUAACUAGGCAAACAUAGAUUGACGCGGGCUGCGUCAAUGUCACAGUUUAAUUGGAAACGUUUAUAAGUUAUAUUAAAGCCUGUUUUGUGCUGAAAGUAUGAUCUAGAAAACUAAUGAUAUCAAAUAAGUAUAUUCAGUUCCACAGUUAAUUUCAGUGAUGAAUCACUUAGCAUGCAAGUCUUAUCUUGCACGUUCUUUAUGUAAUCACAAGAUCAGUGUCAAAUUUAUAGGACGCUCAUAAUAUUUUAAUAUUUUAUCAACGUGGAACACUUGGUUUUUUAAUCUUUAGAACUUAAGUUGCACAAAGAGAAUUUUAAAUAUUUUCUGUAUAUAAUUAUGACAUUAUUGUCACACAGAUAUUACACAUUUUAUGUGCCAGAAGCCUUAAAAAUCUUCCUGUGAAAAUGUUGAUAUAUUGUGACAACUGUUUCACAUUCAAUAUAUAGAGAGGAAUAGGGCUUAGUUUAUGUCCAUAUUGGAAAACUUUAAAGACUACUUGGAGGUUCCAGAAAUCCUGGUUUUACUUAAAAUAAAAUGAUAAAGUUAUUAUGUAGUUCGGAUGCUAAUAUUCUAAAUAUAAUAUAUAUUUACAUUAAAGCUAAAACUGCUAAGCAAAACGAUGCCUAAUUUGUUGUUCUGGGGUCUAGAGCUUGUUGAUGUUCUAUUCCUACUUUAAGAAUUUAAUUGCUCACUUAUUCUAAAAGCUUUGUCAAACAAGCUGAUGUUAAGCUGGUUUUCAUUAAAGCUACUGGGAUAUCUGUCUCUUUGGAAAAUGUGUUGAUUCUUUUGCCCUGUUUAAUAAAAGCAAGUUAUAUAUUU